AUGGCAUCACGUUCGUUUUCUCGCUUUCAAUGGAAUGUCGCGCAAGCUAGAUUUCCGUCGCGACGGAAUCUCUCAACUCCCCCAAAAUCCUCAAUACCGAAAGACUCUCGCUCCCGAUUACGUCAGUUCAAUGAUCGACUUCCUCGUUUCCUUCGUACCUUUACAACACCCCUACUGGGAGCUCCGGUGACCCACGUCACAUCAUUCCUCAUCUUGCAUGAAAUCACCGCCAUCGUGCCCCUGUUCGGACUGGUCGCGGCAUUCCACUACGGCAAUUGGAUGCCAGACCUAGCAUCAGGAUCGGGGGAAAACAACGCUCUCGAUGAAGGGGUUGCACGGUUUGGGCGUUGGCUAAGGAAGAAUGACUGGGUCGAUGAAUCCGACGUCAGUGUUUUCACAGAGCAUGAAGCAACGGCAUCUGGGGCCACCGUGAAGGAAAGGGCAGGCGUGCGGCUGAUCCUCGAAUUUGCGACAGCCUAUGCGAUUACAAAGGCUCUAUUGCCCGUUCGGAUCGCGGCGAGUGCUUGGGCAACGCCUUGGUUUGCGCGAGUCGUUCUUAAUCCAACAACCAGAGCAGCCAAGCGGCUAAUUGGGAGAACUUGA